AUGCGCAUGUACCAUCGAGGAGAAAUCCCGCCAAUGGACGGUGAUAGGUCCCAAGGAAAAAGCUUCCCGCCGAAACCACCAAAAUCUGGGCAGCAGGAGAAGCGCGGACGACAACCCCGUCCGAGGAAGGAUGCAGAAAAGGCGGAAGCCCCGCUUGGGAAAAGGAAUCGUGAUGACCACGACGACCUACCUCCGCCACCGAAGCGACAAGUCAGCAUGAUCAUGGGAGGCUUCCUGGAUAACGACGAUUCCAUAUCGGCGAUCAAGGAAUACGAACGAAAGGCCGUCACGGCACAACGCUACCCGUAUAUCCAUAAAGGAAUCCCUACUAUCUCCUUUACGGAUAAGGAUGCGAGCGGGCUGGACAUCCCUCACCUCGACCCACUCGUAAUCACUCUACAGAUCCACGACUGCGACGUCGCGAAGGUCCUGGUUGACACCGGGAGUACGGUGAACCUCAUCUUUCUGGAAACACUGAACCGCAUGGGAGUGGAGGAAGGAUCUAUCAAACCUACAUCCCGUCCCCUCACCGGUUUCACCGCCGAGCAUGUUUACAGCUGUGGCACAGUCCGGCUCCCCGUUUAUGUCGGCGGAAUUUCAAAGCUCUUGAAGUUCAUCGUCAUGGACAAACCGGCCAUCUAUAACGCGAUCCUCGGCACCCCAUGGCUCCAUGAAAUGAAAGCUGUCAUCUCGACGUUCCACCAAUGCGUGAAGUUUCCGAUACCCUCUGGAAUUUUCACCUUACGUGGAGAUCAAAGACCAACGGGUCCAACGCAAUAA